AUGGCUACCCCCAAUGUCCUUACCUUUGAUACUGAGGGUCGUGCUGUUGACUUUGAGGUCUGGGUCGAUGACCUCCAGCUGUUCUUACAGUGCGAUAGGGCAGACGGACUUUCUCUGUUUGAUCUCACCUCUAGUGUCUCUCCUGCCCCGCCUGCUACUGCUGACAGCACUGUUCACUCACAGUGGGCCACGCGCGAUGUUGCUGCACGUCUUGCUGUGCGUGGCCACUUACCGACCACUGAGCGUGCGCACUUUAGCCAGUACGAGAGUGCUAAGUCCUUGUACGACGCUGUAGUUGCACGCUACUCUUCUCCUGCCACUGCUGCGCUUAGCCGCCUCAUGCUGUCGUACCUGGACCACUUCCUCUCAGUUUGCCCCACCACACUCACUGUUGACCUCCUCGAGGAGUGCCUCCUAGCAGCAGAGAAGAGCAUAGUCGCUGUAGGAGCCUCUCGUGGUGACCCUCGCACACCCGUCUUUGAGGGGUGUUCUCCCUCCCCCCUCUUGCCCUCUGUUGCUUCUGCUGCUGCGGCCGACCUCGUUGGCUUUGAGUCGGUCGGCGCUGCGUCUGUCCCUAGCGGGAAGCGCCGCACCGGCAAGGGCAAGGGGGGAAAGGGCGCUCUGGGGGCCAGUGGGGGCGGUGGAGGUGGUGGUGGAGGCAGUGGAGGGGGUGGGGGUGGUGGUGGGAGUGGUGGCGGGGGUGGAGGUGUCAGUGGCAGGAGUGGAGGCGGAGGAGGCGGCGGUGGUGGCGGAGGGAGCGGAGGCGGCGGCGGUGGCGGAGGCGGCGGAGUUGGCGGAGGCGGUGGAGGUGGCGGUGGAGCUGGUCGCGGCUCUGCGCAGAGGAGUGGCUCAGGUGGUGGUUCGCGCCAGCAGCAGCAGCGCGGUCCUAUCUUUGAUCUUGACUAUGAUGCUAUUCUUGUUGCCAUGUAUGCUGUGUCUACUAGUGAUGAGGGUGACUGUUACCUGUGUGUUCCGCCUGACCCGGGCAUUGAGGCUGCUGCUCUAGGUGCUGGUGAGACUGCUGCUCCAGGUACUAGUGCGUCUGGUGCCCCAGGUGCUGGUGAGUCUGCUCUCUUAGGUACCACGUCGGCUCAAGCCUUGCACACCUUCACCCUUGACUCGGGUGCUUCCGGCUCCUUCUUUUGA